AUGGACGACAAUGAAUUCUGGAGAAAACUGUUGACUACUGACAAUAAUCUAAGCAGUUCGACAAACAUUCUAGCUCAAAUGGCAGUAGAAGACUUCACAGCUCAAUACUCCAAACAAACACCGGUGGAACCAAUUGGUAAACAAAUACCGAAAUUUAAUCCAUCAUCCCUGAAUCUGGGUGAAGCUUCAACUUCACAAACAUGGCUUCCAACCGGAGAACAAACAGUGUUCGAAGCUGGAUUUAAGGAACAUGUAGAAGCCUCGUGGAAAUGGAUAUGUGACCUCGAUGAGAGAAUUGAAAAGGGGAAGAAGCAAACGUUAGAAUCAGCAAAUUUCAAAUCAACAGACCCAGAAGACAACCAUUCAAAUCCGCACACUAAAACGCAGAAAAUUUAUUUUGAGCGUAACAAUUGUAGUACAACUGUAAUGCUAUGUGGGCGCGAAUGGAACAUAUCUGAAAUUCCAACACCGGUCUGUUCAUGCACGGGAAUACCCAGGAAAUGUUAUAGAUGGCAAGAAAUAGGAUGGAAAUCAACUUGUUGUACAACGAAUAUUUCACAAUACCCGCUACCUCUAUUGCCUGGGAGAGGCCAAAUACGAUUGCAGCGUAGAAGAAUGGGUAGUUCCACUUUCAGAUGUCUCUUGGAAGAAUUGGUAACAAAAGGGUACGUAUUUCGAAAGCCAAUUGACUUGAAGGAAUAUUGGCUUGGGUCAAACAGGAGGAAUAAAUAG